CGGAAUAAUACUGCUCCGUCGGGUGCUGCCCGCCAAGCCCACACAAAAUUCCGCUACAAAGUGUGAAAUACCUCCCUUGCACUGUCCAACCCUCCACCACCUCACAAUCUCAGCGGCCGGAGCGCACUUUCAAAUCCUCAAGUCAGUCUAGAAGUCUUAGAGACUCCUACAGCGUAACGAUGGCCCCCAAGAAGAGCAAGAAGUCCUCCGACAACAUCAACUCGCGCUUGGCGCUUGUGAUGAAGUCCGGUAAAGUCACCCUGGGUUACAAGUCCACCAUCAAGACCCUGCGCUCCGGCAAGGCCAAGCUGGUCAUCAUCGCUGCCAACGCUCCUCCUCUCCGCAAGAGUGAGCUUGAGUACUACGCUAUGCUUUCCAAGACCAACGUCCACCACUUCGCUGGAAACAACAUUGAGCUUGGUACCGCUUGCGGUAAGCUGUUCCGCUGCUCUACCAUGGCUAUCCUGGAUGCUGGUGACUCCGACAUCCUCACCGGUGGCCAGUGAGCGUGAAGAUAGCGUGCAUGACAAAGUCUCGAGGCAAAUGUUAGAUAAUGACAUAAAAAUCUACGCUUGAUCUUCCACGAUAUGCUCUUUAAAAUAGAAAUUCCGAG